GUUAAACAGUGCCAGUUCUUUUUCUACGGAGUCUCUGGUCUAUUUCCAUCAUGAGGUCUCUGCUUGGAUUUCUGUGUACCUUUUCACUUUUUAUAUCGUCCGGUUACGCCUUGUCAUGCACUCAAUGUAUGGUCAUGGGCACCAAAUCCUGCGAUGGUGGCAGCGUCACCUGCCCUUCCGAUAGCGUCUGUGGAACAUAUUACGUUGUAGGUUACCAAAAAGAAGUAAAAGUAUCAGAAACAUUUACAAGAAAUUGCAUUCCUAAGAAACAAUGCGGUAUGAAAGGAAGUUUUACCGUUAUGCAAGACGUCAAAAGCGAAGCUGGUAUUAGCUGCUGCUACACUGACAACUGUACCCCACCUGAACCCACAUUACCCAAAAUAAAUACACAGACCAAUGGACUCAUCUGUCGAAGCUGCAUUGAUAUUAACUCUGAUUGGUGUUACACAAGUGACACAGUAGAGUGCACAGGGAAUGAAGAUAUGUGCUACCUCCAGACUACACAAAUAGACGGACUCAUUUCACUCAAGACAGCAAACCGUGGUUGCACCACCAAAAAUAUCUGUGAGUUAGGAGACCAGUCCAUAUCGGCUCACGGUAUGAACAUGAAGUCCACCAUGAAAUGCAGCAGUGGAAGUGCUGCCCUCUACAGUGGAUUCUUCCUGGCAAUAACUGUGGCUUUAUUCCUCACUAAACUCUUGUGUUAAAAAAAAUAAGUUUUAUAUCAAAAAGUUUUUAUUUUUUUUACCUUUUUUUUUAUAUUACAGCAAAGAAUGUUCAUAAGUUAAUGUUUAAUAAAUCAUCAUUUGGGGGGGUUUGUUUCUAAACUUGUAUUUUGUUUAUAAACUAGUGCUUGACUACCUUAUUAGUAUAUUUAGCUGCACUGCUUAUAAGUAUUACCCACUUUUCCAUGCACCCCAAAAGUGACACUUAUUUAACUGUGUGUGUAAUUUAAAAAUAAAAGAUAUAUUACUUGA